GGGUUGAAUUUUUAAUUAUUUUUUGUAUGGAGUAGGGGGUAGGUGGGUUAAUAAGGGUGGAGUGAGAAAUAAUAUAAUAUGGUUAAAAUAUUUCCAUUUUUAGAAACAGGUCAAGUAUUAAGGGACGACCCAAUAAGAAAAACAGGUCAAGUAUUCCGGGACGGAGAGAGUAUUUAAUUCCUAUAAAAAGAAACCCAAAAAUGCCAGCUUAGAACUUAUAAGCAAGCACAACUGCACAAGCAGUGACAUCAAUCUUUUUGUUCUUGUUUCUUCCGAGCUUCCUACGUCCAAGUGUGUCAACUGGCUUCCUUAUCUUCUUUCUUGUUUCUAUUUAUACGCUUUUUUUUUCAAUCUUCUUUCUUAUUAUUUCACAAUCUCUCUUUCUCUCUCUUAACCAAAAUUAUUACCAAAACACAUAAACAUCUUUUCAAGUUUUCAAAUUAAUUUCAAGUGAUUAUAUAUGGAUUAUUCGACUUCAUGGUUGAGCCACUCAUCACCUUCUCUCGAUAUUUCUAAUGCUAACACACUUCGCCUUUUCGACGAUGCCCCUGUUAGAGAUACCAACAUCUUCAAGCAAGAUCCUUCCCCACCUCGCCCUCCUUCUACCAAUCUUUGGCACAAAGAUGAGAGUGGAGCAUUAGUAGAGGAAUUGAAGAGGGUUAAUGCAGAGAACAAGAGACUAACAGAAAUGCUAACCGUAGUUUGUGAAAACUACAAUGAAUUGAAGAGACAGUUGGUGGAUCAUAUGAGCAAGCAGAGUUCAAGUAAUAAUGAGAUUACCAAGAAAAGGAAACUGGACAACAACAACAACAACAACAACAACAACAACAAUAAUAAUAACAAUGGCCUUGUUGUUAGAACUAAUAAUAAUAAUAAUGGUGAGAGUAGUUCCAGUGAUGAAGAGGAUUCCUAUGGAAAACCUAAAGAAGAGACUAUUAAAGCUAAGAUCACAAGGGUUGCUGUUCGUACUCAAGCUUCUGAUUCCACCCUUAUUCUUAAGGAUGGAUACCAAUGGAGAAAAUAUGGCCAAAAAGUUACAAGAGAUAACCCUUGCCCUAGAGCUUACUUCAAAUGCUCCUUUGCUCCUGGUUGCCCCGUUAAGAAAAAGGUACAAAGAAGUCUAGAAGACCAGUCAAUGUUAGUGGCAACGUAUGAAGGAGAGCACAACCACCAACCACCAGCACAACAAGAGGGUCAGGGUGGUGCACCAUCGGGUUCUAGCCGGUCCUUGCCCCUUGGCUCAGUCCCAUGCACUCUUGACCUAACCAAGUCCAAGUCCAAUGCUAACAACGUCGUAAACGAAACAACAACUACAACCACUAGCAGCAACAACAACAACAACAACAACAACAACAACAACAAGGUGUUGAAUAACACGACGUCGUCUAACCAUAACCAGUUGCCAAAGUUUAGCUCACCAGAAUUCCAAAAACUAUUGGCAGAGCAAAUGGCUUCAUCGUUGACUAAAGAUCCCAACUUCACAGCAGCGUUGGCAGCAGCCAUUACCGGGAGAUUCGUCCAGCAAACUUCAAGUGAUUAAGGCUUAAUUAUAUAUACUUAUAUAUAUAUAUACAUGAUUCAUGGAAAUGGUAUUUAAAUUUAAUUAUUAGGGUUUAGUAGCUAUUUGCAUGGCCAGCAUGGAUUAUAUAUGGCCAAGAAUAUUACAACUAUAGUUUUGGUGCAAACACAAAAUAGGUGUUUCUAGCUUUUUACUAUUAUUAUAGGAAUUGAAGUCCAUUUAUUAAUUAGGAAAAAGUGCAUGUAUUCAUUAAUUAGUACAAUUUUAUUUUUAUUAGGAUAUUUGUUUAGACAAUUGUACAGUUGAUACUUAUUAUUCCAGUGAUCCAUUUCUGAGA